AAUGCAUUUUUUCAUGUCUUGAAGUUAACAGAAAAUUAAAAAAAAUCUCGACUGUAAUGGAAAAUCCCUCCACAGAUUCACGCUUGUGCAUUUACACAUACAGAAUAUAUCACGUUACUGCAGUUUCCGGGUCGCGGAACCAUUGCAGGAAACCCAUGUGCUAGCCGGAUGAUUAUAUAGAUGCCGCAGGGGAGCGACGGGAGAAUGGCGGCGGCGGUGGUGCAGCUGUCGUGCCUGUACCGGGGGAUGUUAGCGGUGCGGGCCACCGGCAUCCGGCCGCUGAUCCCCGGCGUGGUCCCGGGCUUCAGAGCCUUCUGUGUGCGGAAGGAGCCGGAGCUGGAGGAGAACCCGUUCUACAGCAAGUACCAGGACAAGAUCCAGAAGCUGCGAAGCGCGAAGCCGCAGGAGUACAAGGCCCGGCUGGAGAAACGCCACGAGACCAAGAGGGAGGCGCUCGGAGACUCCAAGCAGGCCGAGUUUGUCCGCCUGAUGGAGCAGGAGUUUGAGAAGCGGGACAAGAUGGCCGCCGGCGGUGGAGCGACAGGAGCUUUCACCAAAGACAAGACCCUCGGCUCCAUCCUGAACCUGGACAAGAUCCGGGACAUGACGGGCGAGCAGAUCGCAGAGCUCUGGAUGACAUAUUACUCCACCAAGGACACCAUCAGCGCCGUCAUACCGACGCAGACGUUUGAGGUCAUAUUCAGCCGAGCGAAGUCCUGCCCGACGUUCCUGUUCGCCCUCCCCCAGAAGGAGGGGUACGAGUUCUUCCUGGGCCAGUGGGCCGGACACGAGCUGCACUUCACCUCCCUCAUCAACGUCCAGACGCUGGGGGAGAACGCACCCAGCCAGCUCAUCCUCUACCACUACCCCGAGCUGCAGCGGGACAAGGGCGUCGUCCUCAUGACCGCAGAGAUGGACCCCAAGUUCAUCACGGUCCACCAGGCUCAGUGCUUAGCCAAUCAGGUGCAGCUGUUCUAUGGCGCCCAGAGGCAGGAGACGUACCGGCUGGUGGAGACCUUCAACCACCAGCCCGCCGACUUCAGACACAUGGCCGUGAUCGCAGAGCUGGAGCAGAGCGGCCUGGGGCCCGCGCUGGCCCCCGGAGGCUCCUAGAGGGACUGCAGUGCCUGUGGACGGACUGAACUCAGCCCCCGCCCCCCGCCCCCGUCCCCUGACCCCCGCCCCCCGCCCCCCACCCAUCCCGUCCCUGUCCCCUGACCCCCGCCCAUGUCCAUGUCCCCGCCCCCGUCCCGUCCAAUGGCCCCGCCCAUGUCCCCGCCCCGUCCCGUCCCCUGCCCCCCGCCCAUGUCCCCGCCCCCGUCCCGUCCCAUGGCCCCGCCCAUGUCCCCUGCCCCCCGUCCCGUGCCAGAGCCCCACGGCGCCCACAUCACACCAGGCGAUGCUUAGGGCCCCCCGGGAUUCGUGGUCGUGUUUUCCCAGGAUCACCGCGG